AUGGAUUUAGUGACGCGCGGUAGUAUGGCGGUACUAGAAGUGACGCGCGCUAUGGCGUGCUCCAGCGGUGGAGCCUCGUUGCUAGGGCUUCGCGGCUCGCUGGACGAGGCGGCGUCGAUCAGGAGUAGUGUUUGUGCGCAGCGGAGGAGAUUUUGUGCCAAGCCGAGAAGAGUCGGAAAGUUUUGCGAGGCAAGGUGUCUUCUGGAUUCUUCGCCAAAUCUUCGCAUCGCUCAAAAUCUUGUCACCUUUGCUCCAUUGUUACAAACCGGUGUUGCACACGCUGCUGGAAAUCGAAGUGUUGGAGAGAUCAGUGUCUCGCUCGCAGAGACUGGAUUCCAGUAUGCUUACCUCGGGGGAGUGUUGCUCCUACUUGGAGGUGGUGGCUUCUUCGUCAUCCGGCAAAUUCUCGUCCGCCGAGAACUCGAAAUGGCUGCAAAGGAGUUGCUGGAGCGUGUGAGAACGAGUCAGGCAACUCCGGUGGAAUACUACGAACUUGGAGCCGUGAUGCUGCGUAAGAAGCUGUAUCCCGUUGCCAGAAAAUACUUGGAACAAGCCAUAAAGAAAUGGGAGGACGAUGAGCAAGAACUAGCACAGGUGUACAAUGCUCUUGGUUUCGCGUACUUUAGCGAGAACAAGGUCGAGCAGGCUAUCUCCCACUACGAGAAAGCAGUGACUUUGUCCCCAGGCUAUACUGUGGCCUGGAACAACCUGGGAAGCUCUUACGAGAAGCGGAAGGACUGGAAACGGGCUCUGAAGGCCUACGAGCAGACUUUACAGUUCGAUCCUCGCAACAAAGUGGCGCUUUCUUGUCAGAAAUACGUCAAGGACAAGGUGGAGCUGUACAGGGGCAUUCCCAGCAAGUUCGACUGAUGGCAGGGCCAAGAACCUGGAAGAAAAAGGCUAUGGAACUUCUCCAGGCGCAGUCACCGGUGUCCAUGGCACCAUGGUUUUUGAUGGACUUGUCACUGCUCUACGUACAUGGAAACUGGAUUUGCCUUUGUAUUUUGUCAGCUCAGCUCUAAGAACUGUGCAUUGAGUCUAUGUUUGAGAAAUCUGUAGCGUGCAUCCAAGCACUUUAACAACAA